AAAGAUUCGUUCUUAUGAACGAAUUUUUCACUCACGAGCCAACACUAUGUGAAGGCACUGGAACCAUUGCACCCCUACUCCCCAAAAUCUUGCAUCAAACUUCCGAGCAAGCUGCUGAUGGACCUCUAAUCCAAUACGCAAAUGAUUCGGAGCAGUUGACGAGGCCGGGGUUUGGCCAUCGACAAAUAGUGGAGGCAUGGAUCCGGACAGUGUAAGCAUAUGGCCACGUAUGGAGCCCUUCCUCCUCGGUGCCCUUCAGGUGGCCCCCUCCUCCAAACUUGGCCUUCACUACCUUCGCAAGAUGGCUACCUACGUGCGAACCCGCAAUGGCUGCUUCCCCUCCUUGACCUGGCACAUGUGGAGGCACAUUGCAUGUGGGAAGCUGCAGCUUGCAGAAGAUCUAGCGUGGCUCUACUUUGAGACCUUUGACCUCUUUACCAGCCAGUCGCCUGGUGACCGACUGGAAUGGGCAGAGUGCCUUUCCCAGUGUUCAAGCAAAAGUGAGCUUGACCAGCAGAGGAAUGAGAGGUCCGUGGACACGCUGCAGUUUCUCCUCUUCCUCCACAUCCAACAGCUGAAUGGCGUGUCUCUACGUAAAUCACUCAUUGGCGAGGAGUGGCCCAGCCACCGCACACGCUCUCCGGCUCCAUCGGAACGCGAGGCCAAGGCCGGUUCGCAAAACAAGAACUGGGAUGACCAGGCCCACCUGUCCUUUGUGCGGAGCCACCUGGCGGAGCUCCUGGAGCUGCUGGUGGAGCCGAACCAGCUGUCCGAGUCCGGUAUGGCCUUGCGUGACUGUCAGAUCUCCCUGGAGGCUGUGCGCAGCCUGGGCCUGCUCCUGGAAGGCUGGGUGCAGUCGGACAGGACUGUCCAACCCGUCCAUAAGUUACUGAGUAAAGGUCCGCUCCAGGUGCACGCGGGCUACUGCGCACUCAGCCAUUCCUUCCCUUUGCACCAACUUAUCUCCUGUCUUCAACAUAACCUCACCCUCAAUCCAUUCGGGAAAACAUCCUGCCUGCGCUCCGGGAAGCAGCUAGCCUGGGCCCAACAAGUGGAGGGAGCUAUGAAGCGUGCCAAGAUAUCCCGAAACACUCACAUGGCCCCAGCAGGUAGCAAGAUGGUGCUCAUGUCUCGGGUCUGUAAGCAGACCCUGGCCAAGACUUCUGACAAGAUGACAGGAGCCAACAUUAAGAUCCACCGAUGCACCGACGCUUACAUCUACCUCCUCUCGCCUCUCAGGUCGGUUAUUGUGGACAAGUGCAGAGAUUGCACAGUGGUUCUGGGUCCAGUGGAGACAAGCGUGCAUGUGCACUGCUGCCAGAAUGUGCGCGUAGUGUGCGCGGCGGGCAAGAUAAUUGUCGGGGCGUCCUCCUGCUGCACGCUCCACACCUUGACGCCCACGCGUCCUCUGCUCCUGCCCGGCAACGCUGACAUCACCCUGGGCCCCUUCCACACUUUCUACCCCUCCCUGGAGGACCACAUGGCCAUCGUAGGGCUGGCGGUGGUCCCCAACGUGUGGGACCAGCCCCUGCUUCUGGGGACUGACCCCGUAAAGCCCUUCACCAACCCAGACCCGGCAUGCUACCGUCUCCUGCCCCCAGAGGAGUUCCACAUGAUGGUGGUGCCUUUCCACAUGGAAGGGGACACGUGCGAGGUGCCGGGGGGGUUGGCACCCCGCUAUCAGGCAGCGCUCGAUGACAAGCAGAAGAGGGUACAAACAUGGCAGAAAACUGUCAUGGAGGCCCAGCUAAACAAGGAGCAGAAGUGCAAGUUCCAGGACCUGGUGGAAGCAAAGUUCCACGAGUGGCUCCUGGAGUCGGGACACAGGCGGGAAUUGGACAGCCUGAUCCCGAACCCCGCGUCCUUGCUGCAGGUCCCCAACGGUGCCCCAGUGGACGACAGGUCGGCGAACAACGACAUGUAUUCAAAGACAGGAGGAGCAGUGGCACAGUCGCCGAUGGCUUGUUGAACUGUUUUCCUCACAGGUUAGUUGUAUAUAUUUCAGAUGAAGAAGUUGUCCUGGACAUUCACAGCAUAAAUAUGAAGGGACCAAGGCCCCAUUUUUGUUUUGAAUGGAUGGUCACUGAUGUAGACUACAUGCUGUGUUCUGCCUUCAAACUAAUUAAGGGAAAUACAGUAAAUGUAGCAAUUUUGAUUUGUUAUGUAAUUAUGAAACUAGCACUGAAUAGAGCACAGAGCACCACAAUUGAAUCCAUAGAUGCUCAGAAUAUAAAAAAAAUGAAAACAAUAUGUAGGGACGCAUGGAGCCACGUUGGCAGCUUCACGAGCAAAACAGUUUCCCACCCUUGCUUUAAUUGAUACUCUUUUGCAAAUGUAUUCAUGGAAAUUUGUACUUCACAACUGAAAUUAAGUGCUCAUGUAGUUUGUUCGGCUUGUCAUACGUUUUCAAUAAUUGGGAAAAUGGUUCAUAAAGGGGCCUUUGCAGAUCCUAAUGUUGACUGUUAUCAACAUCAGUGUUGAUUUACUCAUGUGCCAAGCAACCACGUGUGAUUCAAAGUAUAUUUUUCUAUUAGUCACUGGAAUUAUAAUGUAUGUUAUAUUUUUGUUAUUUUAUUCAUUCUAAAGACAUUGUUUGCACUUCAUACCUUCAAUCUCAAGGUUAGCUUCCUCUGUACAUAGUAAUGCAUUCAAAAAAAUAAUAAAAAAAUGAAUAAAAAAAUUCAUUGGAGGUAAAAUAAUGAAUGAAUGCUGCUGUCACACUCUUCUGUGCUUUCAAACAUCUAUUAUAUUGUCAUAAAAAAGAAAAAUAACAAUAAAGAUGUUCACUUCUA